UCACAUCCGUCAUCAGGUGUGCGCACUCCUUCUAUCCUCUUGUCGGAUCCUCUGAGCGACCUCCAGCUGGCGGCGGGCCGCUGUGAACCCCAGUCCACCCAGCCGUACUGGCCCUGUGCGUCACAAACAGGAAGCCGAAGUAUUUCUGAGCGGUCAGUCCAGGGACGUAAAUAAACCCCUCUGAGCAGAAUUCCGCACCACUGCACACCCGAGGGGAGGCCUUCAAGGUGUACACGUUUGAAUGGAUUGACCAGAUCGGGGGCCUGGCUCCGCCUUCUCCGGUGUGCGUCUGCAAGGCUUUAAGGCUUACGGCGGUGUCUGCCUGACCCAAGGAAGAAAUAGCGGGAGACGUUUGCUUGCGUAGGUAAUGGCCUGAUUCACAUUUUUACGGGAUGGAGAAGCAAUCCCUAAUUUGUAAGAACCCUUUAAUGGAGCGCUUGGUUAAGUCCUCCUGGUGUUCUAUUUGCCUUAAACCGUCCUCCACGCAAGAGUGCAACGAACUGGAGGCUAGACCAUUUCUCACCAUGAAUUUUCUUAUGUUCCCAGUUCACUUGUUCUAUAUAACAUGCCUUCGUACGCACUCGCCGCAUGCAAACAGGCGAUUAGUCAUUCCGUGCCCAAGAGAGGGUAAUAAUUUAAUCCAGAUAAUCUGUGUUAAAGGCUAACAGCUGGGCGCUCUUACAACAACCGCAAACAGUGGCCUGCAGACUCUGCUCCACAUGAGGUGGCCGUUAGCACCCCCAGCAUCACAUCUCUGAAGAGGCCAGAUACUGAGAGAAACGGGGAUUUGCAUUUUUUCUCACCUAGAGCUGUUUUUCUCACUCUCCCUUGCAAUCUCUCAUCCCAAUCUGUUGGCGUACUUGUGCAAAAGCUGUUUCAUUAGCAGAAAUUCACCUUUUUCGAAUUUGAUUGGAGCCUUGGUGGACGGGCAACCUCUGUUUUUUUCUCACUUGCUAUACUUUUUACAGCCAUUUUAAUAAUAACGCUGAAAGAAGGGCUCAAAGCCCUUUGAUCCGACCCGAGUUUUUUGGAGUGGAAAAAGCAAUGAAAUUCUCUCCUUAGUGCUUUUAACUAUCAUCCAUUAACCAUGAUUCACCUGUGUGUACACAGUAGCCCCACCUAAAUUAAAGUUCCGCCCGUUUUGCAUCAGCUGACACCGUAAAAACAAAGCUGUUCCGGCCUCAUCCUGCUCAAGCAUGAGCUAUGAGGAUCCCAAAUCAGCGCCCGACCACGAGGAGGAGUCGGACGGGUUGAGCUCUCCGACAAGCGGCGCGGCCGGUGCCGACGCCGCCGCCGCCGCCCAGGAGCGGGAAAGGGGCGCCAACUCGGACGACAUGGACGGACUCUCCAGCGGGAACGACUCCGGGGAGCGGGAGAGCGAAGGCGGGAUGGACCGGGACGGCGGGUCGCACGGGCGCCAGUCCGUGCGCAGCAGCUCCCACAGCUCGUCCAACGGCAAGGACUCCGGCAUGAUGCUGGAAGCCGCGGGGAGCAACAAGAGUAGCUCCAACUCCCAGAGCCUCUCGCCUCCCAGCAGCUCGCUGGCCUACAGCCUGCUGUCGACCAGCUCGGAGCACGACCCCCCCUCCACCUCCGGCUGCAGCAGCAACCAGUCGGCGCGGGCCCAGACCCAGAAAGACCUGAUGAAGGCCAUCAAGGAGCUGAAGCUCCGUCUGCCCACCGAGCGCAAGGCCAAGGGUCACACCAGCACUCUAAACGCCCUCAAGUACGCACUGCAGUGUGUCAAACAAGUCCGAGCCAACAAGGAGUACUACCAUCAGUGGAGUGUGGAGGAGUGUCACGGCUGCAGCCUGGACUUGUCUGCCUUCACCAUUGAGGAGCUCGACAACAUCACUUCUGAAUACACCCUCAAAAACACUGACACUUUCUCGAUGGGCGUGUCGUUCUUGUCCGGAAAGGUGGUGUACGUGUCCCCCCACGGCUCCUCCCUGCUGCGCUGCAAGCCAGAGCGUCUCCAAGGCACCAUGUUUUCGGAGCUUUUGGCGCCGCAGGACGUCAGCACUUUCUACAGCGGCACGGCGCCCUGCCGCCUGCCCAACUGGGCCUCCUGCAUCGGAUUCGCUUCUCCACCGGCCGACUGCACCCAGGAGAAAUCCAUGUUCUGCCGGAUCAGCGCCGACCAGGCGCAGGCCGGCGAGAUGCGCUACUACCCUUUCCGCCUCACGCCCUACCAGCUGACCAUCAGAGACUCGGACGAGGCUGAGCCACAGCCCUGCUGCUUGCUCAUCGCAGAGAGGGUUCACUCUGGAUACGAAGCUCCUCGUAUCCCUCCAGAGAAGCGGAUCUUCACCACCAGUCACACUCCCAGCUGCCUCUUCCAGGAAGUUGAUGAGAGGGCGGUGCCGUUGUUGGGCUAUCUGCCCCAGGACUUGGUGGGCACCCCCACCCUCCUCUACAUCCACCCCGAAGACAGGCCCUUAAUGGUGGCUAUACACGAGAAGAUCUUUCAGUUUGCCGGGCAGCCGUUCGACCACACGCCCCUGAGGAUGUGCGCCCGCAACGGGGAGUACCUGACCAUCGACACCAGCUGGUCUUCCUUCGUCAACCCCUGGAGCCGGAAGGUGGCGUUUAUCGUCGGGCGCCACAAAGUCAGAACGGGCCCUCUGAACGAGGACGUGUUCACCACGGCGCCGUGCUGCGAGACCCGGGCCACCACGCCGGACGUCGUGCGGCUGAGUGAGAGGAUCCACCGGCUCCUGGCGCAGCCGGUGCACAGCGGCAGCUCGCAGGGCUACAGCUCCCUCGGGUCCAGCGGCUCGCGGGCCUCGCGGCGCUCGCACCAUCAGCGCCUCUGCGCCUCGGGCGCCUCGUCCAGCGACGCCAGCGGCCCCGCCGCCGCCGCUGUCGUUUCCCAGAAACCUAUGACCUUCCAGCAGAUCUGUAAAGACGUCCACAUGGUCAAGACCAACGGACAGCAGGUGUUCAUCGAGUCCCGCAACCGCCCUCAGCCUAGAAAAGCUACAAGCACAGGCCUGCGAGCGAUCAGCAGCGACCCAAUCAGAAGUUUGAUAGCAGACAUGACGAAACCCCCCGCGCCUUUGGUCCCGGCUGCGCUUCUACCGCCGAAGGACCCCCCCACCGGGUUCUCCUACCAGCAGAUCAACUGCCUGGACAGCAUCAUCAGGUACUUGGACAGCUGCAACAUUCCCAACACUGUUAAAAGGAAGUGUUGCUCCUCCACGUCUGACGAGGACAAACAGCUGGAGGCCGGCAGCAGCACAGGUGGUUCAGUUAACCUUGUAAGUGAACCACCUCCUCUGCCUCCCCUGACCAUGGCCACAAAGGCAGAGAGUGUAGUCUCAGUCACGUCGCAGUGUAGCUUCAGCAGCACCAUCGUGCAUGUGGGAGACAAGAAGCCUCCUGAGUCAGACAUCAACAUGGCGGAGGCUCCUCCUACAACUGCGCCAGCUCCGCCCGCAACAACACUCCUCGCCAUCAAGGCAAUCACCUUCCCUCCUUUACCUCCUCAAGCUGCUCAGCCCGCGAGGGACAGCCGUGGCAGUAUGGGAGGAGGAGGAGGAGGAGGAGGAGGAGGCCGCAUGGGUCUGACCAAGGAGGUGCUGUCCGCCCACACCCAGCAGGAGGAGCAGGCGUUCCUCGACCACUUCAAGGACCUCAGCAAGCUGCGCGUUUUCGAUCAGGCGGCGUCUCAGGCCCCGGCCGCCAACCCCCUGUCCCGAGGAGCGCGCUGUUCUCGGGAUUACCCCCCCGCGGGAAGCGGCGCCAGUCACCGGCGGGGCGGCAAAAGACUCAAGCACCAGGAGUCCUCCGACCGGCAGAGCUCCCUGGGUCUGGACCCGAGGGCCGGCGCGGCUCCCGGGCCCCUCAGCGUCCCCAUCGGACCCCCGACCCACAACUCCCCCUCCUGGCCGUCUGUGGGCUCUCAGGCCGGCAUUCCCGCCGCCCCCUUUGCUCCUGGCGUGCUCCCGAUCUACCCCGUCUACCCGCCGCUCGCCCAGCCCCUGCCGGACGCGUCGCCUUUCCCCCCCGCCCAGAUGGUGCCUCCCAUGGUGGCCCUGGUCCUUCCCAACUACAUCUUCCCCCAGAUGGGGGUGCCCAUCGCUCAGCCGGGCCCCGUCCCGGGGCACUUCUUCAAUCCGAACUUCGCGUACCCGGCCGCCACCCACGGGGGCGUCUCCGGCGUAGUGUCGAACUCCGCAGCGCUUCAGGCCGCCUGCGCCGCGUCCCGCAGCAGCACGCCGCAGUCCUGCAGCCACACGCCUGCUGAGCGAGAGGGCGCAGAGUCCCCCCUCUUCCAGUCCAGAUGCUCGUCGCCGCUCAACCUCCUGCAGCUGGAAGAAACGCCCAGCAACCGCUUGGAGGUCCCCGCGGCGCUGGCGGCGGCGGCGGCACAGCAAGCCACGCCCUGUGUGCAAGGCGGUGCGGCCGGGGUGCAGAGCUCGGCCAAUCAGAGGAGCUCUGACGAUAGCUCCAAGGAGAACGGUGAUGAUGCCAUGUCCACCUCCAGCGACCUGCUGGACAUGUUGCUACAGGAAGACGCCCGCUCCGGCACCGGCUCCGCUGCCUCCGGGUCAGGGUCGUCGGGCACGAGGUCCUCUGGUUCAGGCUCCGGCUCCAACGGCUGCAGCUCCUUUGGCACCAGUGGCAUGAGCAGCAGCCAGGGCAGCCACACCAGCAAGUACUUUGGCAGUAUCGACUCGUCCGAGAACGACCAUUCCCGCAAGCAGCCUGCAGGGGGCAGCAGCAGUGCCGGAGGAGAUGGCGGCGAGGAGCAGUUCAUCAAGUGUGUCCUGCAGGACCCCAUCUGGCUGCUGAUGGCCAACACCGACGACAAGGUCAUGAUGACCUAUCAGCUGCCCGUCAGAGACAUGGAGACGGUGCUGCGAGAGGACCGCGAGGCCCUGAGGAGCAUGCAGAAGCACCAGCCUCGCUUCUCCGAGGACCAGAAGAGGGAGCUGAGCCAGGUGCACCCGUGGAUCCGCACGGGGCGCCUGCCGCGGGCCAUCAACGUCUCUGGCUGUGCUGGCUGCAAGUCUCCGCCCUGCUCGCCCGCCGCCACCGCCGCCGCGCCGUUCGACGUGGAGAUCCACGAGAUGGAGCUGGGCGGCGUGCUCAAGGACCGCGAGGCGAACCGGUCGGAGACACCCAUGGAGGGAGGUCACCCGGAGGACGAGGAGCAGGACGGCGGCGGAGCACAGGACGGCAACCAAGAGAUGGCGGCGGCGGAGGAGCACGUGACCUCAGAAGACGCAAAGGACAAGUCGCACAUGACUCACUGAGCAGGUGGCCAAAGGUGAAGAACACGAUCGCAGACGUUUUCUACGCUGUGCGGAAAAGUGCGCACCUCGCAGCUCUCGCUGUACACAAGGUGUAAAAAGGGGCUGAAAAAGGGAAGAAAAAAAAUAAAAAGGUGCGUAUUGAUCGAGACAACUUCCAGCUUGUUGUUUGACCGUCAGUGCGGGGACGCUCGCUGCAUCUUUGGACGAAGUAAGACAAUCGGAGAGAGGACGAAGUUGAAUGUAAAAAAAGGCGCCUUUAGGUAAAGAUGGAUGUGCUUCACCACAGUGUCCUGCGUCCCGUUUCCCCCCCCCCCCCCCCGUCACGGGGUCAGAGGGGAAGUUCCUCUGGGACUCGAAUGUUUCCCGGAGGUCGUCGGGAAUCCGGAGCUCAGUCACAUCCGGUUUCUCUCAAAAGACUUUGUUGUGUCAAAACACUUGCCCCAAUUAACAGGAGGACCUGUCACCUUAUAGACGUCAACGUACACUGCGUAACAGGUUUUUGUAAACGAUGUGUAUAUUUUUAUACUUUCAUCCAUCCUCAAAUGGAGAGAGGAUAUAUGCCCUAAAAGAGGGUCUGUCCACUGUAAAAAAUGUGAAGACCCAGGAUGGAAAUGGGGCGCUCUACGUGCAGAGUGUCCAGGUAACUGUGGGGCAGCGUGGACGGUGACCAGGAGGCCCAUGUGGACUGGAAAGGUCUCCUCCUGGUGCACUGGUGUGGUCUCCCUGGUGUGAAAUGACCAAUUAUUCUCUCAAACUGUCAGCACCCCGAGGAGAUCGCAUGUCGGCGAGUGGAUUUGAAAGAGGAGGAAGUAACUAGAAACACACACACACACACACUUGUUCUCUCUCUCUCUCUCUCUCUCGUCACUGUUCUGGUCAUUCGAUAUCCUUUUGCUUUAUGGCGUCAGUGGUGUCUGCAACAGUUUCUAAAUAUUUUUGUGAAAUUCUUUGUACAAAAAGUGACAAUAAAAAAUAACUUUAAAUUUAAA